CGCCGUUCCCAAAGUUUACACAAGUGUGCCGCUGAUGGAUGGAUAGCUGAUGGACGAAAAUGGAUGACAUCAACGUACUACACCACAGAUGCCUCCUGAAUCUGAGGCGUCGCGUCAGAGACAUCGGUGAUGGUCGACCAGCACAGGAGCGAUAUAUGAGGCUGCAGAAGGAUGGAGACACACUCAGUUACCAAGGGAACUCUGAAGAAGUGGGAUGCUAUGUGGCUGGCCGGCCUUUAUCAAAGGGAAAUUGCUACUUUGAGGUGACCAUAGUGGACACGGGAGUGAGAGGGACCAUUGCUGUGGGCCUGGUGCCUAAAUUCUACAGGCUGGACCACCAGCCGGGCUGGCUGCCGUACUCUGUAGCUUAUCACGCUGACAACGGCAAGUUAUAUAAUGGCAACCCGGUAGGGCAGCAGUUUGGCCCGAAAUGUGCUCGUGGUGACCGCAUUGGCUGUGGAAUACACUCAGAAAAUAUAGAAGCAGGUAUCACAACAGUCUUUUUCACCAAAAACGGGAAAGAGGUGGGUUCAGUAGAGGUUCCUGUGUCGGCAGAGGGGCUGUUCCCCGCUGUGGGGAUGCACUCUAUGGGGGAGGAGGUGAAGGUCGACCUGCAAGCUGAGUGGUUCCUGGAGGAGGAUGAUAGUAUGAUGAUGGUUGACAGCCACGAGGACGACUGGGGACGACUUUAUGACGUCAGGGUGAGCGGCACGCUUUUGGAGUAUGUUGGCAAAGGAAAGAGUAUUAUGGAUGUGGGUUUGGCCCAGGCCCGACAGCCACUCACCACCCGCUGUCAUUACUAUGAAGUGGAGAUAGUCGAUGCUGGGGAGAAAUGCUACAUUGCCCUGGGCUUGGCAAGAAGGGACUACCCCAAGAACAGACAUCCGGGGUGGAGCCGAGGAUCAGUGGCCUACCAUGCAGGUGAUCCAGGUGAUCGAUAUAUGUAUUUUUUGUCUGCUUAUUUUGUUGGUUUUUGUUUUUUGCCCUUUAUCCCCGUCCCUCUUCUCUGCUGUUUUUUUUUUUUUUGUUUGUUUUGUUUUUUCCCCCCUCUUUCUUUCUCCCUUUUCUUUUCCCCUGUCCCGUAUCUAGCAAGUAAAAAAAAAAAAUAAAUAAAAUAAACAAUAAAAGGUAAAUCAAAUGGACCAUUACGGCAAGGCUGGGAUGGUCCAUUUGGUAAAGUAAAUCCGUUGGGCAUCUUUCUUCGCCUUUAGACAAUAAUUCUGAUGGCAAAAGAAUCAAACGGGACAGGUUUAAAAAAAAAAAAAAAAAAAAAAAAAAAACUAUCUACAGCAGAUUAUCAGUAUCUGAAAGUCAUGAAAUAGGAAAACAAUCCAGCAAAUAUCUGACAUAGGACCAGAUAUACAUCUGAUGUUCAGUUGUUCCCUGAACUGUUCACUGAAGCCUCAUCAGAAAUGGUCUCAGUGAAAUGGUGACUGUAAAGAAGCUUUUCUCAAGGAAGGGAAACAGGCUGAGGUAUGCCAAAUUACACAAGAAUUGCCCUGAAAAUCAGUGGUGAUGGAGGCUCUGUCAUGGUUUCGGGCUGCAUUUCUCAGUGAUGUUAGGGGCCUUGUCAGAACAGUAAUCAUGAAUGUAGAAAAGUACUGUCAGAUUUCGAUCCACCAUUCAGUGCCAUCUAGAAAUUAUUGUUUACUGCCAGUGCAGUAAAAGCAUAACUGUGUAGAAAAACAAACAAUGUAACAUCAUCAGUCAUGGAUUCGCCUCUCCAGAACCCGGACCUCAACAUUAUUGAAGCAGUGUGAGAUCAUCUGGACAGAGGACAGAACAAAAGGCAGCCAGCAUCCAAAAAGGAGCUUUGAAUGUCCUCCAAGACUGGAGAACUAUUUACAAGGGCUACUUAAUGCAUGAAUUUAAACAUUAUCCAUAUAAAUAUAGCAUUCAAGUGUAAUUAAGUAUCACUUAAGUUUUAAUUACAUUUUCCUUUAAUGAAAUCACUUUUUAAAUGUUUGCACUUUGCACUCGUGCAGUGUUGGAUUAGUAUGAACAGUCUGUCAGACUGUACAGAACACGGCCACAGCUGAGUGGAUAUAUACUGUAUCAGUUUACUCUGACAAAGCCGACACACUCUUCUACAUCAAAGUGCUGCAGAACAACACUAGUUUGCACAGCUAUCAUCUGCUUUCUUUCCACCUUGCUUGUUUAAAACUUCCUGUCACAGAAAGAAGGGAGGGGUUGCUGUAGUUGCAUGUUUCCUUGUAACAUAAAACAACAGAGAAACAACUGUUAACUUGUGGUGUACAUUACAAAAAAAACAAUAAUUAAUUUAAGGCCUAGUAACGUUUUAAUUGUCUAGUUACUCGUCACACGCGUCCUUGCUUUUAAUCGAGGGUUGUUUUCAUCUUCAUGUUUCUUUAUUACCAUUGGACUGCUGGAGCAUUGUUCUGAGAUAAAUUAGACUUUUUUUGUGAGAUCCACUUAUAUUCUUAGCAUUUUUUGUAGAUCUCUUGGUUUGAUAUUGAAUUUGAGUUUGUAGCGGGCAAGAAGGAUGAAGGUCUAACAAAAUAGGGUCUGCUCAGUUCCACAGAAGGGCAUGUUUCUGCACAGAGGUGUGUCUAUUAUUUUAUGGUUGUGUUUUUGUAUUAGCCCUCAGUACCUGAACCAGCAAAUAUCUGCCAAGUUAUUCUUGGCAGGUCUUGGCUCCAAAUAAACAGUUAAAGCUGAUAUCUAUACUUUGAUCAGUGCUGUUUUUCUCUGCAUUGGCAGUACAGGUGUUUAUCAUUAGCUAUUAAGAAGAAGGUAACGCAGUAGAUUGUGUGAUUUACAGGAAAAAUGGCAAAUUGCAUCACACAGGGUGACAUUUGUCCUUUUUGUAUAAACUUUUAUAAACAAUUUGUCACCAGAGCUCUGUUUCUUUUGGCCUGAUUUAUGGUACAUUGCGGCGGACACGCAAUCAGUGCUGAGCUGCAUCACAUUUGAUGCGUAUUAUUGACUUUUGAGGCUGUUAUUUUAGUCCUGAUAAGUUCCAGGUAUUUACACAAACUGUAUUUUCCAACAAUAUCACUGCUUCUUUGUACAGCUUGUAUAGUCUGAGAGUUCUUUGCCCGACGCUGGUGUUACAACGAGUGUUUGCAUUGGAAUUUUGCCCAGUGUGGACCUCCAUCCUUCGUGCUUGCUCCACACAUUAAUGGGCCAUGAGGUCCCUGUGCUGUUGGUCCCUGUGGGCCCUGUCAGGAGUAACCAGCCAUCCAACCAGUGAGUGCUCCUCAGCAAGCCUCAUUAACCCUAUCAACCACCCGCCCCCAAACACACACACACACAGCCCUCUUCCAAACACCCCUCCAUCAGUGACUCACACGUGCUAUGACUCAACACCCGCAGCUGAAGGUUGUGCCCGACCACCACAACCACCAUCCAUCCUGCUCAACCACGCCGACCAAGAUAAUAGGGCUCAGUCUAACUUCAGUGACAGGGUUUAAUCUGAUUCAAGCUCAAGUUCUGCAAAAACAAUUAUUCAAUAGCAACUUGUUACGUAAGGGAGAUAAUAUCACCCUCUUACCUUGGGACAGAUUAGAUUUGGAUGGCAUUGUCUGUACCACUUAGGGGCACAAAGAGAGGCUUGUAAAUACUGUCUGAAUCUAGGCUUUGUGGCUAUAAUUCAUUUCAGUUCAUUUCAAUUUAUAUUGUGCCAAAUUGCCAAAUCACAACAACUGUUGCCUCCAGGCGCUUUACAUUGUAAGGUAAACACCAUACAAUAAUACAGAGAAAAUGCUGUGCCACACAGUGGAAUUCAUUUGCAAUAAUUUAUCUGACAUAUUUAUAAUGUUACGACCCAACUCUGCUAGGGUUCAGAGGGGGUAAAAACAAAAGAGAGUCUCACUGGGGAAGAUUGGAGUCGGAAAAGUUUUAUUACAGAAAAACCUCAGCAAACUGAAAAAUAAUAGCGGCAUUGACUACAAACAACCAACCAAUACAGAACAAAACAAGGGGGGCGUAAUAAUAAUAAUAACAGUUUCUGAUUCUGCUCAUUCCAGCUUCAUAAUUUUAUUCUUGGACUCUCUUAGAGUAGUAAAGUAAUGAAUCACAUUUCAAAAUAAUCCUUAUCCUCGACCUCGGUGCAGCCCGUCAAGCAGAACCCGCAUGUCGAUGCUUCAACUGCAACGGGUGCACCUGAAGUGUGUGGGAGUAUAAUUGCUGUUAUAGUCAUCAUCAGGAACAAUAAACACUCACUCAUAAGGCAAGCUAGCCAAGCCUUGAUUAGCAGUUAGGUUGGACUAGUUGGCUCCCUCUUACUAACUUUGUUCAUAUAGAGCAGGCUUAUUACUAAAGCAACGAUCAAUGCCUCUUAGAUUUUGAUGCUGAGCUACACAAAAAAGCCCACCUCUCUCCCAUGAUAUUUUCAUAAUGUGAUGUGAUUAGCUGAACUUUUUAGUGUGAGCAGUGCAAGCAUAGUGUAUGACACCACUCCAUUCACACGACUGAGAAGUGAGAGCACUAAAGCCUGAAUAUUUGAAAGAAGCUGUUUUAGCUCAUGUUCCUUUAACUCUUUCCCCCAUAAAGACAACAUUUAAUGACCUCCCUUGCACCCGUAAUGACAAGGUUUUAUCCUCAGCAUAUAUUGAUAAAGACAUGGUUUUGACGACAACUAGGAUAGUUUCCAGGCUUUUCCAAAGGUAGCUGCAUAGAUCGAGAAACCCUCACUAACCAGACUGAGUCAUUUUGUUCAAUUACCAGGCCUGAAAUAUAUCAGAAAACAUAAGAGAACGGGACACAAUAGAGAACAAAAUAGUUGCAAAGUGCUUGGAAGUAGUGCAAAGAAAAGACUUGGUCUACAUAGAGUCUGUGUGUGAUUGGCCAAAGUGAUGGGGGUUCCUCAUACCAUGGCUCGGAUUGGUGAGGUAGGUGAGCAGGGGUGGGGUGUUGGGGGAAAGUGUUUAAUGGCGUUCUGAAUGGCCCAGGGACAGAAGCUGUUUGUGAGAUAAAUAAAGAAAAGAAAAAUAAGACAAAAAAGUCAAUUUUACAAAAAAAUUGUAUGUGUCUAAACGUAGGACAAUAACAUUUUUAGGCUCAUCAUGGUUGAACAGAUAAUACUCUAAAAGUGUUGAUGAUUUGAGAUGGAAUGACCCCAUUAAAUGUUAGGGAGAUCCCAUCUGUGAGAUCAUAGAGAUCCAAGACCAGAAUACUACCUGAAAACUGAGCCUUAAAGAGCUGUUAUGUUUAGUAUUACCAUCUACCAUUGUAACAUUAUGCAUUUUAAAGAAAAUUAGGAAAAGCAGAAUAGUCAUUUGCUC